AAAAGUCAAAAUUGCCAUAACAUACGUCCAUAUCCUACUUUCGGUUAAGAGGCCCUUUACUAUAAAUAUCCCGCGUAGGAUAUCCUUUGUUCUACACAAACAAUAGCCGUAAUUCUAUUUUUGAUUUUUCAAACAUGUCCGAGUUAUCCGAGUUGAUACCGGGUCUUCCAGAAGAAAUAGCUUUGGAGUGCCUCACUCGGCUGCAUUACUCCACUCACCCAGUUGCUGCCCGAGUUUGCUGGCGCUGGCGCAACCUUCUUUUAAGCAAAGAUUUUUACAACCACCGAAAGCAAUCUGGCCACACCCAUAAAGCUGCUUGCUUCAUCCAAUCACUUCCCGUCCAAUUUGCUUCCAGUGAAUGUAAAUCAAUGACACCUACAUAUGGAGUUUCUUUAGUCGACCCAGUUAAUGGGACUUGGGAGCGAAUCGAACCAGUUCCUCAAUACCCAGAUGGUCUACCUUUGUUCUGCAAGAUUACGAGCUCGGAAGGGAUGCUUGUACUCAUGGGAGGGUGGGAUCCGGUUAAUUAUGAACCGCUAAGUCAUGUUUUUUUGUACGACUUCACGACUCGGAAAUGGAAGCAAGCCAAGGACAUGCCGGAUACCCGUUCUUUCUUUGCUUUAGGCGAGAUAAACGGCCAAGUUAUAAUCGCUGGAGGCCACGAUGAGAACAAGAACGCGUUGAAUACAGCGUGGGUAUAUGACGUGACUCAGAACCAGUGGACUGAAUUACCAAAGAUGAGCCAGGAACGAGACGAGUGUGAAGGCUUGGUAAUCGGGUCUCAAUUCUGCGUCGUAAGCGGAUACAAAACAGAUACUCAAGGACAAUUCGAGGGAAGUGCUGAGUUAUUCGAAAUCGGAGUGACUCAAUGGAGGAAAGUUGAAAACGCAUGGAAGGAGAAUCGGUGCCCAAAAUCCUGUAUCGGAGUGGAUGAAGAUGGGAAGUUUCUGAUAUGGAGUGGGUCUGAGAGAGUGGUUAAAGCUGGGGUAUGUGGGGUCCAUUCUAGUGAAUGGACAAUGGUGUCCGGAUCAGAAUAUCAAGGUGGUCCACAAGGGUUUUAUAUGAUGGAAGGACAAAAUGGUAAAUGGAAGAGGCUGGACGUGCAAGAGGGGUUCUCGGGACUUGUGCAAUCCGGGUGCUUUGUGGAGAUCUGAAGAGCCAGGCUAGCAUUGAAAGCGGGCGUCCGCGGUCCCAUAGAAAGUUUCCACUGUCGAAGAUAUUUGUGUCAUCGGGUAUGCAAAUGUAAUUCUUCCUUGGAUUCAUAAGCUGCCCUGAAUGUAAUGAAAUUUUAUAAAAUUGCAAUAUAGACAA